AUGUCGCACAGCGCGGAAGGCCCGCUUCGCGGGGAGUAUGAUCAGAGCCUGCUCACAGAGGCGCCUGUCACAACACGGGCUCAGAGACAGGAAGGCUACGACGUAGACUUGGCCAGGCCUAUGACAGCAUCCUCCACCGGGCCUUUGACUGCCUCUGGUCUACACGCGCAACGUAUUCUUCCUACCUCCGUAGUUCCCUACGAGAAGCCAUACUAUCUACCAGACACACCGCCGCCAAACCCCUCCCAAACUAGACCCUUCUUCUGGAGGAGCGCCGUGGGAAGACUGAUGAUCUCCCUCGGUUUCAUCCUUAUUGUGGGGGGAAUCGUAGGAGGCGCAGUAGGAGGGACGGUUGGGAGACGGAAGUCGUCGGACCACGUUGCCGCAGCGGUCAACGCAUCAUCCACCGGUAGUAUGUCUCCUGCUGUUGCGAGCAGUACUAGCCUGCCGGAUGGCGCAACGGCGGGGAUUGGGAGCGGCCGUAACAUUUCGGAAAGUGGCACUUCAAUUUCAUCCACCGUAACUGAGCCUGUCGUGGGGGCGUCGUCAUCUACAACAACCGGAUAUGUCGGCGGCUCGCCGUUAACCAGCGGAACGAGCGGUAAUGGAGUACCGCCUUCCGGCUUGGGUCCACCGCAUGGACCAUCCCCAAGCUGCUAUCUGUUCAACCCCACCUGUUACGUUGCUACGUCUCCGACGACGAGCCCCACUUCAUACCCCGGGCCCCAGAGCUGA